AUGGACAAGCUUUGCUGGGCUCUGCUCCAAUCCGGGACUGAGCCACUGAACCCUCUGGAGGACAGCCCACUUUGCAACGGGAGGUUUUCUAGCCUAGAAGCCACCAGCAGGUGGGGCCAGGUCCCCGCAGAGCCAUCUGUCUCAGCGUGGGCUCCCUGUGAAUCCCCAGAAUCUCCUGGACUCCCCAGAAUCUUGCUGCCUGGGGAGCUCAGUGUAAAAGGAAGCUGUUCUCAGGGGGCCAGAAGUCCCCACUCCCCAGCCCAAGAGGGCGCAGGUCACCUCAGUGGCUACAGAAAGAGCCAAAGGCCGAAGAGAAAGGGGAGAGCAUCCAGUGGUGCCGCUCCCCUUUCAUCCCAGCGCCUCAAAGGGAUUUACAAGGAUCAGUUUGAAGUGCUCGAACGACACACGCAGUGGGGGCUGGACCUGUUGGACAGAUACGUGAAGUUCGUGAAAGAACGCACGGAGGUGGAACAGGCUUACGCGAAGCAGCUGCGGAGCCUGGUGAAAAAGUAUCUGCCCAAGAGACCUGUCAAAGAUGACCCUGAUUCUAAGUUCAGCCAGCAGCAGGCGUUCCUACAGAUUCUCCAGGAGGUGAACGACUUCGCAGGCCAGCGGGAGCUGGUGGCCGAGAGCCUGGGCGUGCGCGUGUGCCUGGAGCUCGCCAAGUACUCGCAGGACAUGAAGCAGGAGCGGAAGCUGCACUUCCAAGAGGGCCGGCGGGCCCAGCAACAGCUGGAAAACGGCUUCAAACAGCUGGAGAGUAGUAAGCGGAAGUUUGAACGGGACUGCCGGGAGGCGGAGAAGGCAGCGCAGACGGCCGAGCGGCUGGACCAGGAUAUCAACGCCACCAAGGCGGAUGUGGAGAAGGCCAAGCAGCAGGCCCACCUCCGGAGUCACAUGGCAGAGGAAAGCAAAAACGAAUACGCCGCGCAGCUCCAGCGCUUCAACCGAGACCAGGCCCACUUCUAUUUCUCCCAGAUGCCCCAGAUAUUUGAUAAGCUACAGGACAUGGAUGAGCGCAGGGCCACCCGCCUGGGGGCCGGGUACGGGUUCCUGUCCGAGGCUGAGCUGCAGGUGGUCCCCAUCAUCGCCAAGUGCCUGGAGGGCAUGAAGCUGGCGGCCGAUGCGGUGGACCCCAAGAACGACUCCCAGGUCCUCAUUGAACUGCACAAGUCUGGUUUCGCCCGGCCGGGGGACGUGGAAUUCGAAGACUUCAGCCAGCUCAUGAACCGCGCGCCCUCGGACAGCAGCCUGGGCACCCCUUCAGACGGCCGGCCGGAGCUGCGUGGCCCGGGGAGUCCCGGGCAGGAAUUUUCCUCUUGGCUGUGGCCACGCCCCCCACCUCUCUCCCCCUUGGGGGGCCCCCUACCCACGGCACUGCCUAAUGGACCCCCAUCCCCCCGCUCCGGCCGCGACCCCCUGGCCAUACUGAGCGAGAUCAGUAAGUCGGUCAAACCGCGGCUAGCGUCCUUCCGCAGCCUUCGAGGCAGCCGUGGGACAGUGGUGACCGAGGACUUCAGCCACCUGCCCCCGGAGCAGCAGAGAAAACGGCUCCAGCAGCAGCUGGAAGAACGGAAUCGGGAGCUGCAGAAGGAGGUUGACCAGAGGGAAGCCCUAAAGAAGAUGAAGGAUGUCUAUGAGAAGACACCGCAGAUGGGGGACCCCGCCAGCCUGGAGCCCCGGAUCACAGAAACCCUGAAUAACAUCGAACGGCUGAAGCUGGAAGUGCAGAAGUAUGAGGCCUGGCUGGCUGAAGCGGAAAGCCGGGUCCUAAGCAACCGGGGGGACAGCCUUAGCCGGCAUGCCCGGCCUCCUGACCCCCCGGCCAGCGCCCCACCGGACAGCAGCAAUGACGAUGAACUAAAGGAAAAUAAGGAGAGCUCUGAAGGGCCUCCCUCCGAAGAGGGCCAGGACACCCCCAUUUACACGGAGUUCGAUGAGGAUUUUGAGGAGGAGCCCGCCUCCCCCAUCGGCCAUUGCGUGGCCAUCUACCACUUCGAAGGCUCCAGCGAGGGCACCAUCUCCAUGGCGGAGGGGGAAGACCUCAGCGUCAUGGAGGAAGACAAAGGGGACGGCUGGACUCGGGUCCGACGGAAACAGGGCGGGGAAGGCUACGUGCCCACCUCCUACCUCCGAGUCACGCUCAACUGAACCCUGCGAGGGG